CAUUCAGCUAGCUAGUAGUGGCAUUCAUCAAGAAAGCAUCGCCACUGCCAUUUUGAAUUUUGAAGGUACUUCUUUUUUUUCUCACUUACUUAAUCACACUGGUAAGUACCUUUGUUGUCAGUUUGCAUUCCACAUUCCUCCGUUUGAAAAUAAAAACAGAAGUUUGUAAUCCACAUGCAUGGUACUCCAUUAUUACAUUGUGGAGGUAGUGUCAUUUCUCCCAAUAAAUAAAUAAAUAUACAGCUUCAAGAAAAUUGAAACCUGGAGAUAACAGGCCUGCAACACCAUUCAUCAUGCCCGCUGCCAUUUGCUGUCAGGCUGUGUACAUACAUCCUACACCCACACAGUUGUUUCCCUCUCUUUUUUUGGAGUUUGAUUUGACGAUUCGAUGUUUUAUUUAUGUCCGUGGUCCAUCAUCAUGGAGAGCACACCAGCAGACAGCAAAAGAAAAGGGACUAUUAUGAUGUGUGCUCCUCCUCCAUAUGAAAAGGUCGCGGUUUUGACUGGCUGCAUCCAUCGCCAUUUCUUUAUAGUGGUUCUCCGUUACAUAUAUAACUGGCAUGAGCUUUGUUGUUGAUCAGGUUGGAGGGCGGCCUUUUUCAGUAGCUGGUUGUAAGCCAUUUGUUUAGCGCUCCCCUAAUAUUCCCUGUCCAGUGACAUUAGCGUGCAAGCUACCUAUAAGGAAAAGACCCCCUUUCUGUAAUGUAAACAGGUAUAAUAAUAGGAUCUCUACAAAAAGAUAUAGUAAUCAUGAAAGGGAUUUUGUGUAUUUUUUAAGAUAAUAAAGGGAUUUUGUGCCUGCAGAAACCAUUUGAUUAAUAAUCAAUGCCCAUGAUAGUGCGUAAUUUCGUUAAAUGUCUGUAUCAUCAGUCGCAAUCCUGCAUAUGUCACACAAAGGAUUUGGAGAUUUUGUUUACUUGGGAGAGUACUUCUUGCUGAGAUUUGCCACCAUUGUCAAAAUCAUCAGCAGGGGAUUUUCUCCUGGUAUUCCUUUGUUUAUCUCCAUACUAUAUAACUGGCACAAGCUUCCUCUAUGACCGAGUACGCAAGUACACGCGCAGCUGCAAUUUGACCAACCCUGGAUCGAUCAAGCCUGGAGAGCUCGAGUCGUUGAGUCACCUAACCAGUAUUCAUUCCCCCAGCAGCUGCAGGUACCCACAGAAGAAGAAAAAAAAACAAGUAUUUUGAAGCUCAGAACCUUCAUGGCCAAAUUAGUUUAUUUAGCCAGGCACUUUGUAAUCUUGUAUUGUGUCCUGUUGCUAGGAAGCCAGGGGGUCUGGGUUCUUCAAACACGCGUGACAGAGACCCGUACCACCCGCCCUCACGCACUUCUUUAUCCUUUUCUCCUUCGAUUUAUAUGCCGCGCCUUUGCUGAACAACAAAGAUCAGGGGGGGAGGGGGAGAUCCAUCCAUCGAUCAACACGCUUUUAAGGCCAAACCACGGGUCCUCCCUCCCGACCAAUUAUCUAAAUGGCAUGCGCGUCACGUUCUUGCUGCGCAUGAUUAUGAUGCGCUUAGCGAGUUACAAGUAGAGGGACUGGAUAAACAUUUGCUUGCCGCAGCAGCUGGCGUCCGUGACCUUGUGGGAAGAACGGAAAGCCGGCCGGCCAGCGCCAGCCCCUUUUUUUUUUGUUGCAGUCGCAUUAUCCGCCGAGAGAGAGUUUGGGUCUUUGGGAUAAUUGGAGAUCGCUAGAUUGGUUGGUUGGUGGAUUCCCUUGAUUGAUUGGUGAACUAGCGGCGGCGGCGGCCAUGGGUUCUUGCGUGUCGACGACGAGGCGGCGGCGGCGGUCGAGGAGGCUGUCGGCCACGGCGAGGAGGUUCCGCCGGAAGGUGUCUGCCGUGAUCGCCGACGCGCCCGUCGUCUUCUCCGGCGCCGGCGCGUCCAACCGCUUCGCGGCGCGCCACGAGGUCCUCCACGUAGACGCGCCGCCGGCAUCCGGCGUGACGCUCCACCUGACGCAGCUGCAGUGGCAGCACAGCCAGAUGGACGCCGGAAAUGUGAUCUGCGAAGAAGCCUGGUACGAUUCCGUCAGCAUGCUGGGCGAAUCGGCCGACUACGACUCCGACUUCGACGACGACGACGAAGACGAUGAUCCUGACAACGAUUUCGCCAGCGUCAGCGGAGAUCCUCUCCCGGAUGUCGUCGUCCCUGGCGGCGGCGGCACGAACGCGUCGCCCUGCAAGGACGCGGCGUGCCUGGCGGACACCGUGCAGCGGCUCAGGAGCAUCGCCAACGCGGAGGCGUGCCAGGGAGACCCGCCGGAGAAGACCGAUGAUGAUGGCUCGAGUGCUGCUGCUGAUGAGUGCCUGAAAGAACCGCAGAGCGCGGCGUCGUGCUCGCCUCGGCCUUUCCCGGGCUCGGUCCCGAGCAACAAGGUCCAGCCGAUGCCGAUGCCGGUCGCCGGGGUCAGCCCGCACCACCAGAGGAAGAAAUCGGCCGUCGUCAGGCUCUCAUUCAGGAGGAGGUCCUAUGAGGGCGAUGAAAUGACUGAAAUGAGUGGUUCGGCCAAGUAUUUGUACCGGCCGAGAGCCGGCUUGACGCUGCCGUGUUCGGCCGGCGAGAAGCCGUCGGAGGGUUGCUGGUCCGUUCUUGAACCGUCGGUGUUCAAAGUUAGAGGGGAGGGUUUCUUCAGAGACAAGAAGAAAUCCCCAGCUCCGAACUUCUCCCCUUACACCCCAAUCGGAGCAGACAUGUUUGCCAGCACAAGGAAGGUACACCACAUCGCGCAGCACAUCGCGCUUCCAUCGCUCAAGCCUCACGACGCCUUCCCUUCACUCCUCAUUGUGAACAUUCAGUUGCCUACCUAUCCUACCGCCAUGUUCGGCGAGAAUGACGGUGACGGGAUAAACCUAGUUCUGUAUUUCAAGAUAGCCGACAGUUUCGACAAGGAGAUUUCUCCUCAACUGAAGGACAGCAUCAAGAGGCUUAUGAAUGAGGAAAUGGAGAAGGUCAAGGGGUUCCCAGUAGACAGCAAUGUGCCUUACACAGAGAGGCUGAAGAUCCUGGCCGGUAUUGUAAAUCCUGAGGACCUGCAACUUAGCACAACUGAGAGGAAGCUCGUGCAAACCUACAAUCAAAAGCCUGUGCUGUCUAGACCCCAGCACAAGUUCUACAAGGGUUCAAACUACUUUGAGAUUGAUAUCGACGUGCACCGGUUCAGCUUCAUAUCGCGAAAGGGUCUCGAGACCUUCCGGGACCGUCUGAAACACGGUGUCAUCGAUCUUGGGCUGACAAUUCAGGCACAGAAGGCUGAAGAGGUACCUGAGCAUGUGUUGUGCUGCAUGAGGCUGAACAAGCUGGAUUUUGCCGACAACGGGCAAAUACCGACGCUCAUAACGUCCAGUGAUGAAUGAGACUGGAAAAUGAACUAACUUUGAGAGAAACAACUUGUAUAGAUCGGAAAUAGUUGUAGGAACUAACACAAAUUUAUGCACUAACUGUGUGAAUCUUCUUGGUGCGGAGAGACCAUGAGAGCAAUUUGAAAAAGGAAAAUCCAUAUGCUCGUCCGUGUUAUUCGUUUUUUGCGCCUCUAAAAAAUGGCAAUUGGAGCAAUCUGCAGUCUAAAGUUGUUUGGUUGUUCGCAUAACUUGAA